CAAUGUCAGGUGAGCAACGGAGGUAGGGUCCUUGGAGGCUGGGUGCCUGCAGCUAGCAAGGGGAUGUGGGUGCUGUGGACCCCUCCCUCAAGGAGGCCUGGCUUCAUCCAUAGAUAGGGCCAUGCAGGUGGGCUGGGGUGUGAAGGUGGGAGUGAGGGGCCCAGGAGGAGAGGGUGGUGGGGCUGUCUUCUCCCAGGUGCACUGUGGGCUCAGGGCACUUGCUGGGCCGGUGGGUGUCAUUGCAGAGAUGAAGCUGCUCCUGGCCCUAGCAGGGCUCCUGGCCAUUCUGGCCAUGCCCCAGCCCUCUGAGGGUGCUGCUCCAGCUGUCCCAGGGGAGGUAGAGACCACGGUGGUGCUGACCUGCAUGGAGGAGGCCAAGCGGCUGGUGGACAAGGCCUACAAGGAGCGGCGAGAAAGCAUCAGGCAGAGGCUUCGCAGUGGCUCGGCCAGCCCCAUGGAACUCCUGUCCUACUUCAAGCAGCCGGUGGCAGCCACCAGGACUGCAGUGAGGGCUGCUGACUACCUGCACGUGGCUCUGGGCCUGCUGGAGGGGAAGCUGCGGUCCCGGUGGCGGGCGCCCUUCAACGUCACUGAUGUGCUGACGCCCACCCAGCUGACUCUGCUAGCCAAGGCAAGCGGCUGCGCCUACCAGGACUUGGGGGUGAAGUGCCCGGAGAAGGACAAGUACCGCACCAUCACCGGACACUGCAACAACAGACGCAGCCACACGCUGGGGGCCUCCAACCGCGCCUUUGUGCGCUGGCUGCCUGCCGAGUAUGAGGAUGGCUUCUCGCUGCCCUUCGGCUGGACGGCGGGGGUCAAGCGCAAUGGCUUCGCGGUGCCCCUGGCUCGCGCGGUCUCCAACGCGAUCGUGCGCUUCCCCACGGAGCAGCUGACCCCGGACCAGGAGCGCUCGCUCAUGUUCAUGCAGUGGGGCCAGCUCAUCGACCACGACCUUGACUUCACGCCCGAGCCCGCCGCCCGGGCCUCCUUCCUCACUGGCCUCAACUGCGAGACCAGCUGCCUGCAGCAGCCGCCCUGCUUCCCGCUCAAGAUCCCGCCCAACGACCCCCGCAUCAAGAACCAACAAGACUGCAUCCCCUUCUUCCGCUCCUGCCCGGCCUGCACCGGGAGCAACAUCACCAUCCGCAACCAGAUCAACGCGCUCACCUCCUUCCUGGACGCCAGCAUGGUGUACGGCAGCGAGGACCCCCUGGGCCAGAAGCUGCGCAACAACAGCAACCAGCUGGGGCUGCUGAAGGUCAACACCCGCUUCCGCGACAACGGCAGGGCCCUGCUGCCCUUCGACAACCUGCACGACGACCCCUGCCUCCUCACCAACCGCUCGGCGCGCAUCCCCUGCUUCCUGGCAGGGGACACCCGCUCCAGCGAGAUGCCGGAGCUCACCUCCAUGCACACCCUCUUUCUGCGGGAGCACAACCGCCUGGCCGCACAGCUCAAGCGCCUGAACCCCCGCUGGAGUGGAGAGAGGCUCUACCAGGAGGCCCGGAAGAUCGUGGGGGCCAUGGUCCAGAUUAUCACUUACCGGGACUACCUGCCCCUGGUGUUGGGGCCAGCGGCCAUGAGGAAGUACCUGCCCAGGUAUCGCGGCUACAACGACUCAGUGGACCCGCGCAUCUCCAAUGUCUUCACCAACGCCUUCCGCUAUGGCCACACCCUCAUCCAACCCUUCAUGUUCCGCCUGGACAGUCGGUACCGGCCGGUGGCGCAAAACCCCCGCGUCCCACUCAGCAGGGUCUUUUUUGCCUCCUGGAGGGUAGUGCUGGAAGGUGGCAUUGACCCCAUCCUCCGGGGCCUCAUGGCCACGCCUGCCAAACUGAAUCGUCAGAACCAAAUCGUGGUGGAUGAGAUCCGGGAGCGAUUGUUUGAGCAGGUCAUGAGGAUCGGGCUGGACCUGCCCGCUCUGAACAUGCAGCGCAGCCGGGACCACGGCCUCCCAGGGUACAAUGCCUGGCGGCGCUUCUGCGGGCUCCCGCAGCCCAAAUCGGUGGGCGAGCUGGGCUCGGUGCUGAAGAACUUGGACCUGGCGAGGAAGCUGAUGGCGCAGUACGGCACGCCCGACAACAUCGACAUCUGGAUGGGUGGUGUGGCCGAGCCCCUGGAGAACAAAGGCCGCGUGGGUCCCCUCCUCGCCUGCCUCAUUGGCACCCAGUUCAGGAAGCUCCGGGAUGGCGAUCGGUUUUGGUGGGAGAACAAGGGCGUGUUCAGCACACAGCAGCAAAAGGCCCUGGGCAAGAUCUCCUUGCCACGCAUCAUCUGCGACAACACAGGCAUCACCACCGUGUCCAAGAACAACAUCUUCAUGUCCAACUCGUUUCCCCGGGACUUUGUCAACUGCAGUACACUUCCUGCAUUGGACCUGGCUGCCUGGAGGGAAAAGGCCUAGGGGCUGGGUAAGGGGGUGCGGCAGUGAGGGGUAUACCUGGGCUGGCCAGCUGGAACCACAGAGGUCUCCUGUCCCUAGAUGAGCACAUCCUGUUGGCGCCAGCUGAGAAAAUGAGCAGCUGGACGUUCACUUUUUGUGUGUGUGUGCAUACGCUUGUGCACAGUGUCUAUAAAUUGGCAUUGAGUGUGGCUGUGAACACGGGUAGUGUUUUAUGUGCUCUGCAUGCGUGUCGUUUGUGUGUGUGUUUGCUGUUUUUGAGAAUGUUAAGUAUGUGGAGGGCAGCAGAGUAGAUGGGUGAGGAGCCCAGCUCAGGAGCCGGACCGCCUGGGCUCACUCCCUGGCUCUGAGGCUUACUGGCUGCAUGACCACUCGGCCUCACCAAGCAUGAGUUUUCUUCCUUGCAAGUCACAGCCGGCAGGGCUCCUCAGAGGCCCGUUUGCAUAAUCUCGUUCUUCAUUUAUUGUGCGCCUACCACGUGCAAGGCGCCGUGCUUGGCGUGGGAGACUUACAGAGGCAGGAGAGACACCAGGAUACCACUUGUGCCCUCAGGGAGCUUGCCCCUUUGCUGCGUCCUGGCUUGCAGAGGUGAACUGGUGACCCUGGAGGAUGGACCGCUCGCAGCUGGGCCGUGUGGCUCCGGCCUCGGGUUCCCUCUUUCUUCCUUACUCUGUUUUCUUGCUUAUUCACAGGCGUCUUCCUAGUGGGCCCAGUGGCCUUUCUGUACGUACUGUUUGU